AGGGGACGGGCGCUGCUUCCGCCGGGGCGGGCCGGCUGAUCGAUCCGGUACGAGGUUUGAGCUCGGCCCGGCUGUUGUUUGACCCUUAGCGAUGGCAGCCAGCCCCAUCGUGCCGUCUAAGCGGCGGGAGGAAGCGGUCCGCGGGGUCCGCACCGAGGUGGUUUGCACCGCGUUCUCCAACUCCAUCCUCGUGGUGGUCACGCAGUACGGCAAGAUGGGCACGCUGGUCUACGUGGACCCCGACACCGUUGGGGACAACAUUGGCAGACCUUCGCUCAGCACCAAAGUGCUGCUGGGCAAGGAUGAGCCCCUCGUCCAUGUCUGUGCCAAAAACCUGGUGGCCUUUGUGUCUCAGGAAGCUGGGAACAAACCGGUUCUUCUCGCUAUGGCUUUGAAGGACAAGACCAUGGAAGGAAUACAAGCUCUACGGGAAGUGAUCCGAAGUUGCCAAGUGUGGUGAAGUUGGACCAUCUGGAUUCAAGGAAAUGAUCUGGAGUCCGUGACUCAUCGCCGCUUAUUUUGAGAGGACAAGAAAUGAAAAUGAUGGAAUGUCUUUGUGCUGGUUUUGGACAUGCUUAGGAAUGUGAUGAAUUUUUCCUCUACUGUGUAGAACGGUUGUGGGUUUUGUUGCUGCGACAGGUUUGUGGUCCAGGUAGUUGGUGAUGAGAACAAUUGCCUCAGUAUAGGACAGAGAUGUGACUUUUGUCACCUGGGGAGGGCUGUACAUCUGGGCAACGUCACAGCUCUGCAUUAGUGUCCCGAGGAGGAGUGAUGGAUGCCAAGCUUUGUAGCUACACUGUACCGCAAAGGGGAACACCCAGUGCAGAGUGAGUAAAAGAAACACUGAUGAAUCUAAUUUUACAUGGUUGGUUGGUGGUUUGUUUUUUUGGCUCUUUGAAAAUCCCUUCAAUUGAAAUACAAGCCUCCGUAACAAAUAAACAGCAAUUGCACAAUAGGAAA